UGGAAGACGCACGGAAGGCGACGGAAAUCGAUCCAACUUAUCGACGAAAGGGUGGUUCAGACUUGCAUCUGCUUUGGAGGGCAUAGGUCAGUACGCUCAGAGCGUCACAAUGUAUGAGAAAACAAUCAAAGUGUUAUCUGAACUUCCUACGCCUCCAAUCGAGCUGAAAAAAGAAUGUGAGGUUAACUUGGCGCGUGCGCGCAAAGCCGUGGUACCAUGGACUGGCAGGCCAGAGAACGGAAUCGAGGUUAAAAUAGAUUCUGGCCUUUUGCCCUGGCAAGCUGCUGAGAACAUCCUGUCUAAAUCGAGUGUUGUCUCCCGGAGCAGUGCUUGGUCAAUUUUCUUUGCUAAUAAGGACUUUAUGGAAGCCUCCGGAAAACUGAAAGAAAUGACGCGAGUAGGCACCUCCGAGAAUUUACAAACCGUCAAAGCCAGAUUGGGGGUUCUUCAGGACAUGAGUAAUGCACUUUUGAGAGACUCGAGGGUGUUCCGUGUUCAAGAAAGUGAUUUUUUAAUGAAACUGAACGACCAAGUUAGGUUUGAGGCAAAUCAUUUCAAAGCGUGGUCGCCAGACAUUGGUCCGGAAAUUCUUCAAGGGGAAGUCAUGAAGCGUUUGAGAAAAGAGGGAUGGGAUAGUGUUCGCCCGGCUCUAACUCACAUCGUCAGACAUUGGAUUAUAGCCGGCUUUGUCAUAUCUCGAGUGGGUAAUAAUUUUCAGCUCGGAGUCGAAUUUCACAGAAAUGCGUUGAACAUGAUAAACUGGGGGCGAAAAGUUUGGAAAGAUGUUCCUAAGGCUGAACGAGGUGUGAUAUUUGAUUUGAGCUUUCGUCGAGGUGUUUGGAAUAUGUAUCUAGACACACUCAUGGGGGCCUCUGCCCGUGUUGGCAUAGAGAAUUUGGAACUUCUCGAAACCAUAUUUGAAGAAGCCGACGCAUUACUGCAAGAUCUGGAGAAGAAUCCGUAUGACCCCAACGAUUUCGACCAUUCUGACCCAGGAUUCAACCUGUCAUUUUUCGGAAAUAUCAAAGGAAAUGCAUUUGCUUCCAAGGCAUUGUAUCACAAUAUGUUGGGCAACUUCGGUAAAGAUCAAAAGGUCGAGACUGUUAGGAAACACUAUACAUCUGCCAUGGAACUCUACAUUCUAGCUGCAGCUUGUUUACCCGAAGACGAUGAGAAUCAUCCCUGGUAUCUCAAUUGCGCAUACAAUUUCAUGGAGACCGCAGAUGCACCUACCUCGCUUGUGAUGGAUGUCUUGGAAAAAAUUCGGAUAUCAGUUCCAACUAUGCAGAAGAUCUGGUGCCAGAAUCCUUCUCAUACGAAGAAAUUUAGAGAGGAUGUUUACGUCAAGUUGCUCAAGAUUGAGGAGCAUGCCAAGUCUCUUAUUGCACAGAAAGUGAUAAUGCUCGAAGGACCCUUCAAUUGGUCCAUAAUAAAAACUCUACCCUUGGUAUAAUGACGCUGUCGCUGAGUUCUACAUUCUAGCAUGUAUUAUUUUUUUUUUCAGUAUGUACAUAUGCAUCCAAGAAGAUGCGAUCAUCUGUAUAAGUGUAUCACUCGAAG